AUAUGGAAACAUCGUGUGUGUCUCUCGCCUUGGCUCCCCACUUCCCCAGUCCCCUACUCCCCGAGAAAAAUGUCUGCUUGGAAGGACUCUAAAUAAUUUCUGUGAUUUUUAAAUAUAUCGAUAACGAUAAUUCAUGAUAUUACCAUUCUAAAACAGAUAAACAAAAAUGGAACAUACAACAGAUAAGAACAACCAUGCUUAGUUGACGUGUGAAUCUCUUAGGAUUUAAGUGGAAGUGUUAUGGACAUGUUUAAUAAGUGAUAACUAGUGGUUGUGCGGUGUGAAUUAAUGAAAAUGUCUGAUGAAGAGGACUCCUCCCCUGAUUGGGCGCUGGCUCCUACCAAUAAUGUACCAGCGCUCGGCAUAAAGCGUCUCAAGCAAAUCGAGACGAUGUUCGUCUCGCGACGGCUGCAGGGACCGCGAGCCAACACGCUCAGCGUGGAAACAUUGCUCGACGUGUUGCUUGUGUUGUACGACGAGUGUUGCAACAGCAGCUUGCGGCGCGAGAAGGCGGUAGCUGACUUUAUUAGCUACGUAAAACCGGUGGCGACCGCGUUGAAGCGCCUCAGACUGUCGCGGGACGAUUUCGAACUAGUCAAGGUGAUCGGGCGGGGGGCGUUCGGCGAAGUGUGUGUCGUUAGAGCAUCCUUUAUACAGAAUGGUGAAGGCAACGGUACAGCAUCCGGUGCGGCGACGAGCGAGCGGGUAUACGCUAUGAAGAUAUUGAAUAAGUGGGAGAUGUUAAAGCGAGCGGACACGGCGUGUUUCCAAGAGGAGAGGGACGUCCUGGUGUUUGGCGAUCGCCGGUGGAUCACUAACCUACACUACGCCUUCCAGGAUGACCAUAAUUUAUACCUGGUGAUGGACUACUACUGCGGCGGCGACCUGCUGACGCUGCUCUCCAAGUUCGAGGACCGGCUGCCGGAGGACAUGGCUCGCUUCUACAUCACCGAGAUGGUGCUCGCCGUGCAGAGCGUGCACGAGCUGCGAUACGUGCACCGAGACAUAAAACCCGACAACGUGCUAUUGGACGCGAGUGGACACAUACGAUUGGCCGACUUCGGAUCUUGCUUGCGAUUGGGCGACGAUGGGAAGGUACAAAGUAAUGUAGCGGUGGGCACACCGGAUUAUAUUUCGCCAGAAAUAUUGAGGGCGAUGGAAGAUGGCCAAGGGCGAUACGGCCCGGAGUGCGAUUGGUGGUCACUUGGUGUGUGCAUGUACGAGAUGCUGUUCGGCGAGACGCCGUUUUACGCGGAGUCACUUGUCGAAACAUACGGCAAGAUAAUGAACCACGCGCGCUGCUUCCACUGCCCGCCGCCCGACGAGCACGCGGCGCAGGUGUCCGAGGAGGCGAAGGAUUUGAUUCGCAGACUGAUUUGUGCGUCCGAGACGAGGUUAGGCAAGAACGGGAUACAAGAUUUUAAGAGUCACCCAUGGUUCAGUGGCGUGGAAUGGGACGCGAUCAGAGAGGCGAGUGCGCCGUUCGUUCCCGACGUGGCCAGUCCAACUGAUACAUCCAAUUUCGAUGUGGAUGACACCGAUAUACGGUUAUCAGAAGCCGUACCUCCACCGUCAGCUUCCUCAGCAUUCUCCGGACUUCAUCUGCCAUUCAUAGGUUUCACAUUCACGGCUGGAUCUAGAUUAUCUGAUUUGGGGGCGCCUACACCAUUGAGUCCAGCUAAAAAUGCACCAAGCCAGGCGCCAUCGAACGCGGGAGAGCGAGCCGCGCUGAAGGCGCUGGAGCGAGAGAACGCCUUGCUCGCGCACACCAUAGCCGAGCUGCGGGCCGGCCUGGGGGAGGGGGAUGAUGUGACGCAAUUGAGAGAGGAGUUGCAAGCGGUGAAGAAGCGGAAUUCCGAACUGGAGACGCAGGCGAAACGGUUCGAGCAGAUCACGUCCAACAACACUGCACAGGAUGCGUCGUCGCUGUCGCCGCAGGAAUUGGUGUCGAAACUUCGAGAGCUUGAGCUGGCCAUAGAGACCCUCACGGCUGAGAAGGAGGAACUCGUGAAGGAUAAGAUAGAUUCCGUUGAGAAGCUUCGAUUACAGGACAAGGAGCUAGCGGACGCAGUCACACAACGCAAGCUAGCUAUGACCGAGUACAGCGAAGUGGCCGACAAACUGGCGGAAUUGCGACAGCAGAAGCACAAGCUCAGCAGACAGGUCCGAGACAAAGAGGAGGAGCUGGAGGUGGCGAUGCAGAAGAUAGACGCGCUGCGGCAGGACAUUAGGAGAGCCGACAAGGGGAGGAGGGAGAUGGAGGCCAGGCUCGAAACGGCCGUCGCUGAGGCCACCAAGGAGAGGAAGCUGCGCGAGGAAUCGCUCCGACUGCAGCGCGUGGAGGCGCCCAGCGCCGUCGCCGACGUGGCCAAGCUGCAGGCCGACAUCGAGGAGAGGAAGCUGCGCGAAGAAUCGCUCCGACUGCAGCGCGUGGAGGCGCCCAGCGCCGUCGCCGACGUGGCCAAGCUGCAGGCCGACAUCGAGGCGCUCGAGGCGCAGUACGCGGAGUCGCUGGCGCAGCAGCAGGCGCGCUACGCCAGCGAGGUGUCCGCGCUGCGCGACCAGCUGCACGAGACUGACGCGCUGCGCUCCAUGCUCAACAGGGAGUUGCAAACAUCGAAGGAGAAGCUGGAGAACCGCCGGCUGGAGCAGCUCACGGACAGCGAGGACAAACAGAUGCUCAUCAACGAGAACAGGAAGCUCGCUAAGGACCUGGACGCUAUGGCGGAGAACGGCCGUCGUUGGCAAGCCGAGAGGAGACAGCUAGAGAUGGAGUUGGAAGAGUUGCGCGCAAAGAGAGACACCAUGCAACACUGGGAGACGCAGAUCGCAGACAUAAUAAGAUGGGUGGCUGACGAGAAAGAGGCUCGGGGCUACUUGCAAGCGCUGGCCACCAAGAUGACGGAGGAGUUGGAUUAUCUGAAACACGCAACCGCGUCCCGUACCUCUGCGCCAGCAUCGCCAGGCGCGGGGCCCGGCGUGGGGCCCGCCUCCGCUCUGGGGCCCGGCGCGGUGGGGGGCGGGGCUCCGGGGCCCGGCGGCUGGCGCAACCGGCGCUCGCAGAAGGUCGACAAGAUGGAAAUCCUGACGCUGCAGUCCUCGCUGCACUCGGAGAUACAGGCGAAGCAGGCUGUCGGUGAGGAGCUGAGCCGUACGCGCGCCGAGCUGCUCGCCAGCCAGAGGUGGGCCACCUUUAUAAUUUCGCAAGCAGCCAGGCAGGGAUCAACGAAAUCGACAUAUUGGAGCGGCAAAGAAGAGAACGUUUUGGAUCGGCCACCGUCUCAGAUGAGCUACUUGGAGCAGUUCUUGAAAGACGCGCCGGCUGAGAGGCAUUACGAUAAUGUCAGUACAAUGAACAGCGAACAGAAGAUGUCGCCGCAGUAUCGUUAUAGAAAUGUGCAGCAUUGUUGUAACUCGAAGAGGAUGUAUGGAUCGCAACAGUCAACAGCGCUCAGCGGCUCCGCCGAAUCGCAAGAUGAGAUGGAACAAAGGGCAGCGUCGCCCAUAUCCUGCAAGAGUUCGCCGAGUGAAAUGUCCACUUAUUCCCUCCAGGAGGCGUCCGGCGCGCCGCCGGUGGCCGGCAAGCAGAAGCUGCACCAGUUUCUCGUCAGGACCUUCAGCAGUCCCACCAAGUGUAACCACUGCACUUCGCUUAUGAUCGGCGUGACGCGGCAGGGCGUGGUGUGCGAGCGCUGCGGCGUGGCCGUGCACACGGCGUGCUGCGCGCGCGUCGCGCCGCGCUGCCCGCUGCCCGCCGAGCGCUGCCGCCGCCCGCUCGGCAUCGACCCGGCGCGCGGCCAGGGCACCGCCUACGAGGGCUACGUCAAGGUACCAAAACCAGGCGGUGUCAAAAAGGGAUGGAUGCGGCAAUUUGUUGUCGUUUGUGAUUUCAAAUUGUUCCUCUAUGACAUAUCGCAAGAUAGGAACGCGUUACCAUCGGUGUGUGUAAGCCAAGUGCUAGACAUGCGUGAUCCGGAAUUCAGUGUCACGUCAGUGAAGGACUCGGACGUGAUACACGCCAGCAAACGUGACAUACCGUGUAUAUUUAGGAUAUCAACGUCGCAAUUAGAAGGCGGCAAACGUUACCAUACACUGAUGUUGGCGGAGUCGGAGUCCGAGAAGACGAAGUGGGUGGUCGCGCUCAGCGAGUUGCAUAGGAUAUUGAAGAGGAACAACUUGCCCGAUAAAUGUGUGUACAGCGCGGCGGCGCUGGUGGACGCGGCGGCGUGGGCGGGCGUGCGCGGCGUGCAGUGCGCGUGCGUGGUGGAGCGCGGCCGCCUGUGCCUGGGCGGCGACUUCGGCCUGGCGCUGCUCGACCUGGAGCGCCGCGAGCUGCUGCCGCGCCGCACGCACGCGCCCGUCGCGCGCGCGCUCUACGUGCCCGCCGAGCACCUGCUGGUGGUGAUAGCAGGCCGAGGGCGGCACGUACGGCUCGUGCCGAUUCGAGCGUUAGAAUGUCCUGAAGCGGAGAGUGUGAAGCUCGCAGAGGCGAAGGGCGCCGUGGACGUGGCGGUGGGCGAGCUGAGCGGCUCGGCGUACGGGUUCGCGGUCGUGUGCAAGCGGCAGAACUCGUGGGUGGUGCUGGUGUACGAGAUCACGCGCACGGCGGCGCGGCGCUACCGCGUGGCGGAGCUGCGCGCGGCGGCGCCCGUGCUCAGCGUGCAGCUGUGCCGCGGCCGCCUCAUCCUCGGCUACCGCGGCGGGCUCGUGGCGCACACGCUGCGCGCCGACCUCGACCGCCCCGCCGUCUCGCUGGUGCACCCCGAGAACCAGGUGAGCGUGUUCCUGUCGCACUCGGGCGCGCGGCCGCUGUGCGCGCGGCCCGCCGGCGCCGACUGGCUGCUCGUGUUCGCCGCGCUCGCGCUCUACGUCGACCGCGCCGGCAUGCGCGCGCGCGACGCCGAGAUCAUGUACACGGCGCACCCGCUGCACCACGCGGUGAACGAUACCCACCUGUUAAUAUUCACCGCCUCGCAUAUAGACGUGUAUGACAUCGAGACUGGUGAAUGGGUGCAAACGAUUAAUAUACCUAACGCCCGUCCCUUGGACGAGGGCGGGUGGGUGUGCGCGGUGGGCGGGGGCGGGGGCGCCGCCUUCCCCUUCUCCAAUGAGGCUUCGCCCUACCUAGUCUACCUGAGGCCGCUGUUGACACAGGGCCCGUUGAACGUGGAGACUGCGACGUACGGAACCAAUAAGCGACGGUUUUCGGUGCGGGAACAGUCGCAACAAGCUAUUGAGGCGCAUAAUAGAUUGUCGGAGCGGCGCUCGCGGCUGAUCUCGGCGCCGACGAACUUCGCGCACGUGUCGCACAUGGGCCCCGGCGACGGCAUCCGCUCGCAGCGCCUGCUCGACCUGCCCACCACCGUCGAGACCGCCGACGGCGCCGACCACGACGCGCCCCAGAUGUACAGCAGUAGAGACAGCAGCAAGCGAACGUCGCCGCUCACUGUGUCGCACCCCACCGGCUCGUAUAACGGCUCAUGGCGGUCGGGGCGGUCCCGCGAGCCGCCAACGGAGGCUCCGCCCUCGCCGCCGCUCUCGCACAGGCCUAUGGACAGGUCGGUGGGGGGAGGGUCGGCGGGGAGCGGCUCCUUGCUAGAGAGGUCCAUAACUCCUCUCAGCUUGGGCAGUAUGAGCUCGCUGCACGAUGUGCUCAAGGGCAUAUUCCAGGUGGGCACGGAGAGCGUGGAGUGCGCGCAAUCCGACAGCAGCUGCGCCGCGUCGCCCACGCACGCGCACGACGACACAUGAUCGGGUCAACUAAACGCGUACUGGAGCGUCGACCUGUCGAAGCUGUACGCGUGUUUCUGCUGACGCGUCACGCGCGAGCGUCACGUCAUUUGUGACGUCUGACGCGCGCAUCCCGUGACGUGUUACCCGCGGGUGUUGCGUCAUUUGCGACGUGUAACGCGCGGGCGUUGCGUAUGUUUACGUGACAUGUACGUGUACCAUGACACGCACGAGUGACGGGUGAGUUGGAGCGUGUCACGCGAAAGCGUCGCGUUAUAUUUGACACGUUAUAUUGUGCGUCGGUUGAGUUGGCUUGUGCGUGCCGUAGGAUGUCUUGAUAUGGAAAAAUUACUUGAAAUUUUGAAGGGAGCCCAUGCACACAGAUAAUGAAAUAUUAAUAUCAAUUUGUUGCACAUGACGAUAACAUUUUUAAUUAUGCAUUACAUAAAUAAUAUUUUAAAGACCGCCAAAUGAUCGAUAGAAGAUUAUGAAUUAUGAUAAAUUAAAUACUCGUCAUCCUAUUUCAGCAUAUAAAGACAUCUUAUGGUACGAUUAGCUUUUAAUGGACUUUGAAUCGGUGAAUUAUUAUUACUAUUUUUUUCUUAUAAAAUUUUGUACAUUGAAUAGCUUUUUUUAUUAAUUCGUGUGAUCUUAUGUAUCUACCGAAAUGUACACUGCAAAGUAUUUAAAUUUUAUGAUCAUUUUCUUAAUAAAAAUAACCUUUUAUUAAAUUUAAUUCUAAAUUGAAAUUAUAUAUGAGUUUAAACGUAUUUGUACGUGUGUGUGUGUUUUUUUUAUAAUUGGCUGGACCGGGAUGAAUAAAGUUUUCUAUUGAUUUGAUUAUUAAUGAUUUUAGUAUUAAAUUAAAAAAAAAACAUAAUUUUUCAUCCAGGUAUUGAUAUGCAUUUAUUAGAUGUAUCUUUUAUUUAAGGGUUUUUUUUUAUUAAUGUUUAUGAAAUUACUAGACAAUGACUAUCUAAAUUUAAGUACGUUUGCAGUAAAAUAUAAUUAUUUUAUCAAUGAAUAUUGAUCGUACAUUGUGUAUGAGUUUAUUUUUUAUUAAAUUUAAUUUCAUGAGUAUGCAAUAUAUAUUUGGUUCCUAAAUAUACUAAAUGUUUGUUUGACAGAGUUAUAUUGUAGAGAAAUGAGUAUGGAUGGGUUUUUUGUGAUGUUUUGUUGUAAUCCAUACUUGAAAUGUAAAGCUUAAGAGUUUGUUUAAACGCGCUUAUCUCAGGAAGCAUACGACCGAUUUCAAAAUUCUGUCACAGUAUGUGUGUACCACGGGCGAAGCCGGAGCGUAAUUAAUAUGAGUGAAACAUCGGAUAUUUUAUUUAUACAUAUUAAUAAGCAUUUGGUUUUUCGUCUAAAAAUAUUUAUUUAAACUUUAAAAUCAUAUGAUGAAAAAAUUAAAUUUAAAAAAAAACGCAUGACUAAAAUGUAACUGAAAACUUGCACAUUUAUUUUUUUGAAUAUAAAAAAAAUACGUUUUUAAUACGUUAUGGAUAAUUCUCAAGAAUAUAAUUCUGAUUGAUGAUGAUGAUGAAAUGUAUACAAAAUAUUUCCAAAAACCCAUCCGUGUAAACCUUCCAAUGACAUGAUAAUAAUAUUUAAUAGAAUUUUCUAGAAUAAAUGAUCGAAUGUGGCUUGUAGGUCAAUUAGACUCGUAUAUUCUCUAUGUAUAAUCGAUAUGUAAAGUUUGUCUGUUUGUCCAUUGAAAUAACUGGAUUGUGCUGUAAUAUUGAUAUGGUAAGUGGUUGGUAUUUUCAAAUUGAUUUAAUUACUUGUGUAAAAAAAGAAACGUAGUCAAUUAUGGUACAUUUCGUGGAUUAAUGACAUUUCGUUUCUAUUUUGUAUUAUCAUAUAUUUUCAUACGUAAAACGUUAAAAUAUCAAGAAUAUCAUUACAUUUUUCAUAAAAUUUUGCUGCACCAUUAAUAGAUUACAGCACAAUAAAGGAAAUUGUAUAAAAUUAUAUUCAAUUAUUAAAUCGCUAGUAUACUUACAAAUUUAAAUUAAGUAUUAUUCGCUUGACUAUGUUAAGAUAUAAUGUCUCCCAUCGAGACGUAUUUAAAAUAUUAAUGUUUAUAAACAAAUUUGCUGAAAUCAUAAUUAACUUUUGUCUUUACUAUCAAACGGAAUUUUUAUCAUCUAAAUGCAAAAAUAAUUUUUCUUUUUCUCGCUAUUUCAUUGAGUUGGCGCGUCAUUUUGAAAAAGCUUCCUGUUACUUUUUUUUUAAUGUUGAUGCAAAGGGGCAGCAAAUUUGUUUUUAAAACAUCGUUCAACUAUGAAAUUAAAAAAUUGAAACAUGUUAACUAAUGUAUAUUUAAAUAUACCUAACUUUUGUAUAGGACAUACAUACUACAUGAUAUAUCCCGUUAUUUUGUAUGUACUAAUAAUAAAAAUAUAGUUCUUUUCGACAUGUAUCACGAAAAAAGAAUGCGUUUAAUUUUUUUUUACUGCGAUAACGUAAAAUGAGCGCCAUUUUUAAAUAAUAAUAUUUAAAUGUCACUGCCACAGUACGUUUCUUAUAUUUACUAAAGAUGUAGAUUGAAUGGACGCUUUUUAAUUUUUUAUAUUCUUAUAGUGUGAAUGUGAACGAAAAUGUCUUAAAAUUAUAUGCUUUUAAGUACAAAUGAAAGGUUUUCUCACGUUCAAUGUAUAAUGAAAUAACGUAAUUAAUUUUAUAAAUUUAUAUGAAAAUGAAAAAUUCGAUUCCGCUUUCAGUUUCAGUACCAAUCGAGUCGAUAAUGCUUUUAUUUCGGACGUUAUGAAAAUAAUUUUUAAUCUGUUUAUAUGAGUGUCUAAUAAUUAAAAUAAAAGAUGUUUUAAAAGUAUUACGUACUAAAUGCAUAUACACCCGUUUUGUGUAAUUUUAUUUAGAUUUAUAAUUAUAAUUUAUAGUAGUAAAUUUUAAUUUCACAAAGGAAAUAUCUCAUAAAUGUAUGUGAUUUGUGUUAUAAUUAUUAUUAUAAGCGGUAAUGUUUAAUAAUUAUUUUUUAACAAUCUAGUCCUUUUUGUUUACUUUUGUAAUGUAAGCGCGUCGAGAAUAACAUUUUAUUGUAUUUUUUGUCCCUAUUUCGUUUAAGUUAGGUAAGCGUAGACAAUGAGAUUUUUAGGCGUAAUAUUUUUUUAUUUACGGCCAUUUUGUGCUCGCACUGUAAACAAGAUGGCGCUAGAGAAGCUUGAAUGUAUUUUUACGUUUUUUUUUUUUUAAUAAUUUUUUCUCGUUAAUUGAAAAAUUAUUGUAUCCAAAGAUAUGUCGUGUAAUGAUUAUAAUUAAAUUGUAUGAAUAAUUAGUGAAAUUAGUUUUAUAUGAUUAAAAUUGUAUUGAAAAGAACUGAAUUUAUGUCCUAUGUAUUGUGUAGUCUGCAUGAAAUUAAAGAAAAUAUGAUAUUCAAAAUAUAAUAUACAUUCCCGUGUAUUCAUUAAAAGGCAUAAUCAAAAAUCCAAGAAUAAAUAAAAGACGCGAAUGAUUCUUUAGUCAAAGUGAAGCGAAUCUCUUUUCACGCGUUAAAAUUUAUUUUCAGCACAAAAAUUUAAACGAUACGGUUGUAAAUGUACUUGAAAAGUUAAAGUCGUCGAAACGACGGUUGUUAAAAGUUUCGUAUUCGUAAAUAAGAUUGUUCGUAGAUCGGCGACGGUUUUUGGACAUAUUUUAAAUUGGUAUUUUUAAAUUUUGCACUGAAAUGAUACUAAAUGUUUAUGAUGUAUGGACAAUAUUGUAAUUUUUUUAUUUAUUCUUACGAUACAUGUAUGAAAUGCGUCGUUACUUUUAAUUAUGUAUUAGGUACAAGAGAAUUUAUUUCGGACUGUAUUUAGCUGUCAUUAUUGAGGUCAAAAGAAAAGUGCGUCGCUUGACAUGUGUCAAUUGGUUUUUUUUUAUUGCUGGUAAUAUUAUAAGUAAAAGUAACGAGGCGCUUUUAAAGGUAUUCUAUGCUAUCAAGUUAGCGUGCUUAACGUAUAUAUAAAGAGAUAUAAUCACGAUCAAGUUUGUGCUUUAACCCAUAGAAUAAAUAUUGUUUGCGGGCUAGCGAAUCUCCGUGUAUGCUGGAUAAUUUGUAUGUAACUAAAUUAUUGACUAUUUAAAUUGCAAUUAUGUGAAAUUAUCUCAAUACUUAAUGUAAAUACAUGAAUUAAAUAUUUGAAGGAA